AUGUUUGUUGAUUACUCUGGUCUUCAGCGCUUUAGUUCGAUAAACAGAUGCUUUGCCCAUCGAUUCAUUCAACUUUUAGAAUAUGAAGACCUGGAUACCUUAGAAGAAAGAUUAAAGUUUUUGAAGAGCCUUGAAAAGGAUGAAGUUUGUAUUCAAAGACUGGAAAUUACAGAUUUUGCUGACCAUUCAGAUGUCAUGGAUUAUCUUUUCAAAUUAUCACUUUCUGUCAAACAGAUGCAAGAAGUCUCUGAAGUAAUUCGUAGAUGUCCCACUACGUAUUCAGUAGAAAUCUUCAAUGCUAAUGAAAUUAGCGUAGAUAUUGGAGAUGUGGUAGCUUGGGCUGGAAUGUUUUUAAGAAAUACUUAUGAUAGUAUUCGCAAAGCAUUAUAUGAUGAUAUUAAACAGAUUAUUGUUGAUUUGAAACCUGAAUUGAAUAAUUCGUCAUUCCAAGACUGGCAUCUUUUACAAAGAUAUUUGUUUUAUGGAUGGUGUGAAGAGGUACCUAAAUUUAUGGAACCAAGGACUAAUAUAAUCAUUAUUCCAAUGAACUUUCCCGAGAUAUUUGUGAAUAAUGUGAAUAAAAAUGGAUUCAUGAGUGCAACUUCGGAUAUAACGUUUUAUACUUUCGAAGUGGAAAAUGGUGAUUACAAUUCGUUGGCCAAUUUCAACAUAGAUUCCCUUGUGCGUAGACCCAUCAAAGACAAGAUCUCUACAAUCUGGAAAGAUGGUGACGAAAAGGAUUACAUUGGUACAGUUUGGGAACCUACCAAGGAAAAUAAUAUUCACAGUAAUAAUAUAUCUGAAAAUGCAACAACUCAACCUAAUUUUCUAACUUUAUUUCAUGAGUGCGAUAGUGGAUUAGAGCCAAAUACUAUUGUAGACGGAGCAGAUAAUUCUUUCUAUAUGGUUCAGCAUGAUAAGGAACGUCGUCACCAUCGUAAAUAUGAACGAGAUAGCUCUAGUCCUGCAAGCGAUGGCGGUUCGGCCGAAUCGGAGUCUAAUUCACAUUCUGAUAAAGAUGGCAGCCUUUAUGACAUAUUUUCACCAUUAAGUUCAAACGAGUUGCCAACUGCUUUAACACCACCAAACAAUGCUUCUGAUUCUUCCCCAGUGCAAGGUAAAAAUUAUAAUUAUAUGGCAAAUUUAGAGCGGGAAGAAAAGUCUAAGGAUUAUGCGCUCUUGCCGCCACCACCAUCUUUUUUACCCUGUUACAGUGAUUUUGAAAAUUCAUCUCUAUACAAUCAGAAACAAGGUUUCAGGUACAAAUUAAGACAACUCUUUUCAUCAUCGUCGUCGUCUUUGCAUUCUAGAUCAAAACGUCAAUCGAGUGGUGAUAAAUCUUUAACUGGAUUUGAUACCAUUGGAUCUUGGGCAGAUUUCCAAUCCUCCAAUUGGGAUGAUUUGUCUACCAAAAAAUUCUUUAGAUAUAAGAUGAGGAAAUGGAAGAAGAAUUACCAAUAUUAUAAAGAAGUGGCGAAACAAUGCAUAGAGGACUUUCAUGACAAUACGAGUUAUAACUAA